UAAUAAUGAACAGAGCAUCCAGUAAAAUUCGCAGGGUAAGUUGCCUGAUGCCCACUGACUCUUAACUGAAAACUCCGCAAAAUUGUUGAUGAUAAUCACCAGAAGGCCUAAAGCAGAACGAGUCCGCCAUCCUUUUAGUCACCACCGCUCAUGCCAGCCUAAACCAGCGGUCAAAAAAGAAGAAAAUUAAAGUUUAGUCUUUCAUGGGAGAGCAAGAUGGGAAACCUGUUGAAGGACCACCAUCUUCAAAACCCACCAGUUCGGAUCCAACCGUCGGAGUUUCUGCUACCAUGGAGAAAGCGGAGACUCCAUCUUUAUCAUCACUCCCUCCCCAACCUUCUUGGUUCACUCCUAAAAGGUUGCUUUUUAUCUUCUGUGUGAUCAACUUGCUAAAUUAUUUGGACCGUGGAGCUAUAGCAAGUAAUGGUGUCAAUGGGAAUCCCAGAACUUGUACUAAAAGUGGUGCAUGUACAUCUGGAAGUGGAAUUCAGGGGGAAUUUAAACUGACUAACUUUGAAGAUGGCGUCAUUUCAUCUGCUUUUAUGGUCGGGCUCCUUGUGGCAUCUCCAAUAUUUGCAUCCCUUGCCAAAAGAGUCAACCCAUUUAGACUUAUUGGAGUUGGACUGUCGGUAUGGACCCUCGCAACUGCUGGAUGUGGAUUUUCAAUUAAUUUCUGGUCCAUAUUGAUAUGCCGCAUGUUUGUUGGUGUUGGUGAAGCUUCAUUUAUUAGUCUCGCUGCUCCAUUUAUUGAUGAUAAUGCCCCAAUUUCUCAGAAAACAGCAUGGCUUGCAAUGUUCUACAUGUGUAUACCAACUGGAAUUGCGCUUGGAUAUGUAUAUGGUGGAAUGGUUGGAAGCCAUCUAACUUGGCAUUGGGCUUUUUGGAUUGAAGCAAUUUUGAUGCUCCCUUUUGCUAUUUUUGGUUUUGCGAUGAAACCGUUGCAAUUAAAAGGGUUCUCUCCAAGUGUAUCAGAAAAACUACUGACUUCUGUGGCAGCUCCUGGAUGUGGAGAAAAAGAACAUGUAACGUAUGCAGUUGUGUCAAAUGGUGAAGAUGGUUCAUUGACCAGAAGUGAGAUUCACGACGCUUCUAAAGUGUCCAGGUCAAAUUGUUAUUGUGUUAAUUCAGAUCAGUUCAUCGGAUUUUUCAAAGAUAUGAAAGCUCUUUUUUCUGAAAAGGUUUUUGUUGUGAAUGUUCUAGGAUAUGUAGCGUAUAAUUUUGUAAUAGGUGCAUACUCCUACUGGGGGCCUAAGGCCGGUUACAACAUAUAUCAUAUGAGCAAUGCAGAUAUGGUAUUUGGCGGUGUUACAGUUGUAUGUGGAAUAUUUGGAACACUUGCAGGUGGAUUUCUUUUGGAUCGUAUCUCUUCCACACUAUCCAAUGCUUUUAAGCUACUCUCUGCAGCAACAUUCUUUGGGGCUAUAUUUUGCUUUGCUGCCUUUUGCUUUAAAAGCUUAUACGCUUUUAUAGCUCUGUUUGCCAUUGGAGAACUGCUCGUGUUUGCCACUCAGGCUCCCGUAAAUUAUGUUUGCUUACAUUGCGUGAAACCGAGUUUAAGACCAUUAUCAAUGGCUAUAUCGACUGUCUCCAUUCACAUAUUUGGAGAUGUCCCUUCUUCUCCUCUUGUUGGGAUUCUCCAGGAUCAUGUAAACAAUUGGAGGUUUACUGCUUUGACUUUGACAUCCAUUUUAUUCUUGGCAUCCUUAAUUUGGUUAAUAGGGAUAUUUCUUCAUAGCGUGGACAAAUUUGAUGAAGAAAGUGAGCGGCCAAACCCUACCACAACGCCAUUCCUCGAGGAGGAGAUGAAAAAAAGGAAAGAGACUUGUUGAAUCAUGGCCCUGCUAGCUGCUUGCUGGAAGAACAAGCAAAUGUAAAAAAUUGUAUAGUUUGUCUGUCCAAACGAGUCUGAAGAAGAAAUAGUCUGCAGAGGAUAGAUAUUCUGUUAGGGUGGGUUUGUUUUAUCAGGGGUGUUGUCUUCUUGAUUUUUGCGUUAGAAUUUAUUUGUUCAAUUUUGAAGUAUCCAUACUUGUUCAUAGUUAUGAUGAUGAGGAGGAGGAAUCGGAGGAUGAAGUAAUAAUAAUAGUAGUACUUAAUAUUAAUGUUUACGGAUGCAAUAUUAUGAGGACUAAACCCAGAUGCAAUACGUAAUGUGAUUAUCUUCUUUUUGUAUUUU